UGAGGUCUGUGUUCUGAAGUCAAGGGGAAAGUGGAGAAUAUCGCAUUGGUCACCAGACUUCAGAGCUGCUGGGGCAGCAGUCUGUGCCUUUCCCCUCCAGCUGAGGCAGAGAAGAGUGGGAUCCUCUCUGGGGCAUAUUUAUUAUCCCCCCCCCCAAAAAAAUCAACUCCCCCCGCCAAAUCACCUGCCACGACUCUGUGCUUUGGAAGAUGCUUCUUGCUUUAAUCCUCCUGCAGGGUUUUUCCCAUGCCCUGGCUGCAAAUCAAGGUUCCCACUGGACAUACAGAGGCCCCCACGGCCAGGAGCACUGGUCAAAUGACUACCCGGACUGCGGGGGACAGGCCCAGUCCCCCAUUGAUAUCCGGACCAAGUCCGUGCAGCACGACCCAGCCCUACCGCCUAUUGAGCCCCAGGGAUACCGGAGCCCUGGGGUUGGGGCCUUCACCCUCCACAACAACGGGCACACAGUGGAGAUGUCCUUGCCCCCGUCCAUGUUCCUCCGGGGGCUUCCACAGACCUAUGCGGCUGUCCAGCUGCACUUCCACUGGGGCAACGAUCAGGACGAGGGGUCGGAGCAUCAGGUGAACGGGGAGAGUUGCCCUGCUGAGCUGCACAUCGUGCAUUACAACUCGGAGAGCUACGCCAACAUCACCGAGGCCAAGCAGCAGGCAGACGGCCUGGCCGUGCUCGGCAUCUUCAUCGAGGUUGGUGACGUGGCCAACCCUGCCUAUGACAACAUCUUCAAUCAGCUAAAGAACAUCCAGUAUGCAGGUCAGAAUGUCUCCAUCCCGCCCUUCGACGUUCAUGAGCUGCUGCCCAGGAAGCUGGGCCACUAUUUCCGCUAUAACGGCUCCCUGACCACGCCGCCCUGUUCCCAGAACGUGCUCUGGACCGUCUUCCAGCAGCGGGUGCAGAUUUCCAGCUCCCAGCUGGAGGGGCUGUACUCCACCAAAGCUGCGAACUCCGUGCCUCUGGUGGACAAUUACCGAGCCCCUCAGCCGCUGAACCAAAGGGUGGUGUUCUCCUCCUUCCCCGUGGGUCCCUCAGCCUACUCUGCAGGCGAAAUCGUUGCCAUCGUUUCUGGGACCCUCUUCGGCUGCCUCAGCAUCUUUCUCACCAUCCACUUUGGGAUGAAGAGAAUACGAAUGAAGAGGAUCCGGGAGCAAAAGGAUGUUGUGUUCAAAUCCUCUUCCAUCCGUGCAGUAUCAGGCGACAGCCACCGCCCCUGAACCCCAAGACUUGCCCCAACUCCUCUGCCUCAGCCUCUGUGGGGCAACGACACAGACACCCCAAGGGUCGGCAGGCCUGGAGACGCGCUAGGCAGUCUAGCUGUAGAAGUAAUGCCCAUGCAGCCCCAGGAGGUUCCCCUUCAGGGGUUACUUCCCACCCAGCCUGGGGAGGGCACACAGAGCCACCCCCCCAGGCACCAGGGCCCAUCCAGCCUGGGGCUGGGAGUGGCUCAUAGCCGUUCCCAUCAGCUGCCUGCUGGGUGGCAUCUGUGAGACGAGUCAGUGGGUCUCAGCCCAGUCCCCGUCACACAGCACAACAUAUGGCCCCGUCACACGAACCCACCAGCAGGGCUGGUACUGCCAGCAGCCCAGGGGUCUUGCAUACUAACCCCCCCACCCCAGUGCACCUCUGCCAAAGGCCAAGGCCCACGAGCAGGGCUGUGGGGACCGGGGAGGGGAAGUUUGCUGUGCUGUUUACCUGGAGUGUACCUGCUCUGUGGUAUAACUGGGUGUCAACCAUACCUCUCUUGCCCGCAAUGAAACCCCCAGAACAGCCUGGGUAAGCAGCAAUGCGGCGUGGGGGCACGGUGCGUGACACACUGCCACUCUCCCUGAUGCUGUCGUGUUACACUGCAGAGCGGGUGUGGUGCAUGGCACAAGGACGCUGUCUUCCCUGACACUGCAGCUCGCGGAUCUAACCUCCCCAGGCCGAGGGUCCCUUCCCUCCGAUAACUCUCUCCCGUGAAGGCCUGGUUGCCAUUUUGCAGUGUUCAGGCAGGCUACACAGCUCCAAGAUGCAAGAGCGAAUCCAGCAUCCCUGGCCCUGCGCCGGUCCUGUCUAUGUCCCUGCCCCCGGGCUGUCAAUGCACUGGGGAGAGGUAGCAUCUCUGGAGCUUUGCAGGCUGCUAGCAAACACAGCAGUUCAGGGCAGGCAGGGUUGUUCCCCCGAUGCUGGUCUGGACACAGUGGUUCUAACUGGAAAUAAAAUGCCUGGCCAAGUCUCUCCAGCUGUUGCUGUCAGAGCUUCCCCCUCUCCAAGAAAGGGUUAAAACUAACCCACAUCCCAGUGUUCAUCCCUUAAAGCUGCAAGGUGCUUAAAGAUCCCCAGGGAGGGAGGAGGAAUUACUCCCUUUUCAGCAUACGGGGAAGUCUCUCCUCUCCCAGCUGCUCCAGUCAGGCCUGUCUAUUUACCCAUUGUCCCUAAGUGCUGCCCUGUCCAGCAGCACAGGGUGUUUGGCCAGGAGGUCCCUGCAGCCCCCUUCCCUCACUUGGGGCACAGCCCACUUUCCAUCACCCCCACUCCAGCCCCCUCUGAGGGAGGUUUUUGGGUAUAGCUGAACUGUCAGGGGUGCAGACCUACAUCGCUCACCCUAGAAUUCAGUCCCGAUUUCUCAGAGGGGUCGCUUGCUGGACUGCUAUGACCCAGCUAAGCCAGGGAAACAGGGUCAGACAUUGAGCUAGCUGGAGAAGCUGUGACAAACCAUAUUGCAGGGGGAAGAUGCACGUCUAUCAAAACCUGAACCCUCUGCAAAAUCCGGCCAUUCUGCCAGAAUUUUGUUUCAGACAAAGCAGGUAGGACCAACAGUGAAGUGGCCCAGGGUGACAUUUUGGGAACAAAACGUUUAAUUUUGUUUUGGGAAACAACUUGCCAUAGUUUUUUAAAAUGUUGCCUUAUGUUCUCUAACCCAACAUAAAAAUCAAGGAGUCAAAAAUCAAGAGGUUUUGAGCACCGAAGUUCCCUGGAGAAUUUGGAAGUUUCAGUUUUUGUUCCAACGUGGCACAAAGCCAGAUUUAGAAAUCUCAAAAAUCCUUUGUGAAAUGGAACUUGCACCCACCCCGCAGUGCCAGCUGGAGCCAGGACUGCUUUGCAUCUCUCUGGACUUGUCUAUACAGUGCAUUAAUCCACCCCAGCUGGGGUGUAAAUUCCAAUGUACACCAGCAUUUCACACCUAAACUAGGCCGUUUGGGCCAGGCUUCCGCGCACUAAAAGUUCCCUAGUGCAUGUUAAGGUAGGACCGUUUGAAAGGGGCCUACAUUAGCGGGUUCUAGGGAAUGUUUAGUGCAUGCCAGCAGGGGCCACAAGGGACAAGCUGGUGCGCACUAGAAUUUACGCCACACCUGGUUUCAUGAACACACUGUGCAGACGAGCCCUCAUUCAUUGCCUUGCUGUUUUUCUAGCACCCUCAGUCCUGAGAUCUGAACCAUCGACCCUGACAGCGUGAUGAGUCUUUAUUUCGGUGACAGGGAAACAGAGGCAGGGAAACAUCACCCAUUAGUUCUUGCUAACAGCUGCCAACAACCCAGAAUGCACAUUUAGAGGCAGAUACCCAGAACCCAGUCACCAUGGCAGAAACACUGCUGCAUAGACAAACCACGGCCUGUUACUCAGGAGAGGCAGCUGCCUCCUGCAUUGUAGGACUGGUGUGAACUUGCCAAAGCCCCGUGCUCCCCCUGUUGGUGGCUAGGCACUUCCAAACCCUGCUUCUCAGCUAUUCGAUGGGUAAGUUCUGCAUCACAGGAAGCGAGAAUAAAGAGCAAGUCUGUGCCACAGAAAGCUAGUUAGAGAGUUCUACUCCCACCCCCUAUCCAGCUGGGCUGCUCACUCAGCAGCACCUACAUUUGGAGUAAUAUUUUCUGCCCAGGGAUGGUUCAAGGGUUAAGGAGUUCAGCAUGUAAGGCUUAGCUGGAAGAGGUGAGAAAAGGAACUUGGUAAGAAUCACAAGUAGGCUGGUUCCAAGCUACUGGACUGAAGAAGUAGCCAGGCUGAUGGGAGAGAUUUCACAAUGAAAGUGCGUUUUCGCAACUCUCCGAGGCUCAGCUGAGCAUGUUGCAAGGGGUCGCUCAGCAAGUGCAGUGUGGCCCAGAGGGGUAGGGCGCUAGACAGGGGUGCAGGAAAGUUGGGUUCUAUUCCCAACUCUGCCACCAACCUGCCACCUGAUCUUGGGCAAGUCAAUUCAACUCUGUGCCUCA